AUGCCGCCGCCACGCCGUCGGAAGACAGAAGCCGCCGCCGCGGCGGCGGACGUCCUGCUUUCCCUGCCCACGGACGUCCUCGACGACAUCCUCGCCCGCGUCGGUCUCCGCGACGCCGUCCGCACGUCGGUGCUCUCCCGCGCCUGGACACGCCGAUGGGAAUUCAUCCCUUCCAUCGACAUCUCCGCGGACGACGGGGGCAUGUGGAAGGCGCCGAGCGCCGUCGACGGCAUCCUUCUGCGCUUCCUCGGCCGGGUCCGGCGUAUCCAUUUCAUCCUCGACAAGGACACCUCCCGCCGCGUCAACGACUGGCUCCCCACUCUCUCCCGCCGCGGCGUCGAGUCCCUCUCCCUCAAACUGCGGUCGCACAUACAGUACUUUAGGCCGCCCAGGCUUCACGAAUCCGUCUUCUACUGCAGCGGCCUCACCGUCCUCGACCUCUCCACCUGCACAAUGCCAUCAUUCCCCAUGGACUGGGGAUUUCCGAACCUGAGGACCCUAAUCCUCUCUAGGGUGCUGUUUCUAGAGCACUAUCAGCUGCAGGAGAUCAUCGAGACAUGCCCGUUGCUCGAGGACCUAAGACUUGUUAAGGUCUAUUUCUACGGAGACAGAGAAUUUGUGACGCAGGCUCCCAAACUCCGGUUCCUAACGCUUUGCCUCAUCGGGGAAUUUGGAUGUAUCCGUCAAGAACUUCCACUCCUGCAUUCCGCCGCCAUGGAUAUGUGGAACUAUGUUCCCAGCAAUUUCGCCGAGCUACUGGCGGCGCUUGUUCAAGCUAGAAACCUACAGCUCCGCCUCUGCACAGAAGAUGGAUGGGAAGAUGGAUGGUAUAAUUGGCGUCCCGAGAUACCUAGGAAACUUCCGUGCACAUUUCACAACCUGAAGAGCCUCCAGUUGCAUAUGGACUUCUCUGAGCCAACACCGAUUGAAUUAACCUUUCUCUUGCUCAAGAGUGCACCGAACCUUCAAAUUCUCAAAUUAGUGCUCAGAAACAUCAUUAUGAGUGAUGGAGAGCGGGAAUAUGACGAAAAUGAUACAGUGUUCCUAAAUGAACUAUGGGAAGAUGGCAUGUGUGCUAACCUUCAGGUUGUGCACAUGGAUGGUGUUUAUUGGCUGUCAGAUGAAAUGUCCUUUAUGGAGCUGAUUCUCUCAAAAGCAAGCCUUCUUCGCACAUUAUCUGUUAGUUAUCUUGUGGAAAACCCAAUGUUAAUGAGUGCAUUACAAAGUUCCAAUAAAGCUUCGCCUCAAGCUCAGGUCCUAUUUAAUAAAGAUAUGGCUGGGUUGAAAAUUAACUUUGACAAGCGUGAAUUUAUUAUGGUUAUGGAGGGUAGUGCAAAACUGGAAUAG